AAACUUUCUAGGCUCCUCCUCUUCAGCAGCUGCAAAGCAUUUAUACACAUGUGCAAAACUCACCGAUACACGACACUCCCCACAGCCGAGGUUCACUUUCCACCAAACAGCUAAAACACAGAGGAACAGCACGGCGAAGCACCAGCGCUGUCGUCCGCGAGCGCCUGAAGAAACGCCAAACUCAGAAAGAGAGCAGCCGUGGAUAUUCCGUCACGCACAAGGAUCCUUCUCGAUCCAUCAACAGUUUUUGAGCUGGAAACUCAACGGAGAAAAUGUCUGCUUCAGUGCUGUCUUCCAUUUACGACUUCGACCUGUUGUACAGGGAGAAAACCCAAAGCUCUAAUGCGAUCCACCUAAACAGCAUGCUGGACAGGAGGACGGUAGUAGGGCUCCCACUAGCCACCUCUAACACAAACAGCAACAGGUCCAACUACUUCAGGAGCAACUCGAUGGGCCACGUGGACUCGAGCAGCGGGAAGGAGAGCCCCACAGCGGCAUGCACCAACAAGGAGAACCGCUUUCGGGACCGCGCCUUCAGCGAGAGUGGCCAGCAGCAGCUCCAGGAGGCACUCAUCCAGCCCAGAGCUGGCUCUCAGAUCAAUUCCACCCGCUACAAGACCGAGCUCUGUAGGCCUUUUGAGGAGAACGGCUCUUGCAAAUAUGGCGAAAAGUGCCAGUUUGCUCAUGGCUAUCAUGAACUGCGGAACCUUUCUCGGCACCCCAAGUACAAGACGGAGCCUUGCCGCACAUUUCACACCAUUGGUUUCUGCCCCUAUGGACCACGCUGCCACUUCAUCCACAACAUGGAUGAACGCCGACCAGUAGGGCCAAUGAGGCUCAAACGGGAGCUCAGUGAGCGGGAGCUGGAGAGGGAUGAGCCAGUUCCGUUUCUGGUGCACAAGGACAACAGGCCCAAACUGCACCACAGCCUGAGCUUCUCGGGCUUCUCUAGCCCACGUGGGGUGGAGAACAUCCCCUCACGCACACCGCCACCCCCUGUCGCCUCAGCCUCAUGCCUCAGUGCCUUCUCGUGCCCCGAGCAGGAUCUCAAGGCUUUUCUUGCCCCCCUCAUUCCACAAGCCCUUGGGGUCUUUAACAAUGCCUCUUCAUACGGCAGCAGCAUCCAGGCCGGUCCAGGCUGCCCGCCGCCCUCGCCACCUUACAGACUGGGCCACGCACCAGCCAUGAGGCCCCUGUCUCAAUCACCCGUCUUUGAUUCUCCCCCAAGCCCCCUGGAGUCACUUUCUGACCCUGAGAGCUUCCUGAGUGGCUCCUGCUGCUCCUCCGGCACCAUCAGUGGCUCUGAGUCGCCAAGUCUGGACUCAAACAGGCGCUUGCCCAUCUUCAGCAGACUGUCGAUCUCAGAUGAUUAAGUUAUUAUUAUUCAUAGCCUAUUAUUAUUACUAAUGUAAGCAUUAUUAUUAUUAUUAUUCCGAAUGGUGUUUGGUUUAGCAGGUCACAUUAAGCUUUCUUUUUUGUUUUAAACCAACAAAUUAACAAGAAGGUGCCUUUAUACAGUCCUAGUCAAGGACUCUUGUGUUGUUUUUUUGUGUGUCAGAUAAAGUAGCCAAGCUAUCUCGGGAAAACUUGUAUUCCAACUUCUGUAACUGCUUCACAGUGCCACCGUGUGGUGCCCUGUGGUGUGAGUGAGUAAGAGCAGUCGCUGUGAUGGGCCCACAAGUUGCUGAUGAAAUGUCGCUGCAGAUUAUUUUUUUUUUUUCUUUUUAAACUAUUAAGUGGUAUCAUUGCGAUUUGCAACAUGCUAUGAAAUCUAUUUAACUUAUUUAUUGUCAUGUGAAAAGUAUAGCCUUUGUGGAUAAAUCAAGUCCAUAUGGUAUUUAUCAAGUCUAAAGCAAUACAGCUAUAUUCCUUUUUAAAUUAUGAUCUCCAUUGUUAAUCUGAAAACACGUGUUUUUUUUGUUUUUUUUUUCUCACAAUAAUGUAUUUUUGUUAUGUUUGGGUAUUGUGCUGUACAUAAGUAAAUUAUAAAUUGUAUGCUAUUUAUUUCAGUUUUGUUUACUACGUGUUAAAGAGUGGGAGCGUCUCAUGAGGCCUCAUUUCUUGAUUUGGGGAGGGGGGAGGUCAGAGGAUCUCUGGGCAUUUGGUUUGUAUAGAAUGUAGAGUCGUUUUAUUGAGUAAUGUAUGAACUAGCCUUUCACAAUUCAAACCAUCACUUAUGUUUUUAAGAAUAGCGACAAUACGGACAACCAAAAAAACCUUAUUUGCACAUAGUUGCACUAUUUCAGUCAAGUGCCAGAGAAUGUAGCAGUCCCUUACUAUCUUGACCUUAACUUUCUAAUGUGUGCCUACAGUGUAAACGAUCUCACAUACUGUAGAUCAACCUAACUAAGAAUUUUGCUUUAGUACAUAUGUCAAGCAAAUUCAACUGAAUGUAGCUUUUGUUUAGUUAGAUCAAGAUACAUUGAUUAGACUAUUUAAAUGCCUUUUUUUUCAGUUAUGCUCAUUAUUUUUUAAUCAUUUUCGAACACACCAUUCCUUAUAAUAAAAUAAAGAAUAGUGUUUGUCUUUUUGACUUCAUGUAAAUCUCUACACUUGCUGGUCGGGAAAGUACUUUGAAACUAUGUUGUGUAAUGUAGUUAGACAAUAACUCUUAAUGAUCGGUUGGACUACUUAGGUUGGAAAUAAAAACCUUUGAAUGUACUGAAAAGUUAGCUUGAGUUAUGAGGGAUUGUGUAUGCAGCCUUUGUGUGAGGCAUAAAUUUGUAUUUUGAAAUAUUUUACAUGGAUAUCUUAAUAAAGAUACAUUUUCAAGGAAAAGAA